CGUCCGGAAGAAGGAAGCGACGCGGGAAACAAGGCUAUAAGUUUGUAGCAAUUAUUUAUGUGACCAAAAUGAGCACGUCGGUGUUUAAUGCGAAGGAAGCUGGACUAAACACUAGAGUUCUACCAAACGAGAGCGACGACAGCUGUCUGAGUGACAGCGGGGGCAGCGAUGACGAAUGUGUGCCUAAAACAGGUUAUCACAACAGCAGUAGUGACAUCACUGACAACAGCAGUGAUGAGGACUCAGAUGGACACAAGGGCCAAGCUGUACUUCCUAGCAACAGUCUGCUAGCUGCAAGAAAGAAGUCAGCUGCUGGUCCAAAAAGAAAAAGAAGAAAGGUGGUGUGGGAGACAGUAGACCCAAGUCAGUACUCUGCAAAACACGUUCCAACAUGGGAAGCUUCUCUUCCAGAAAGUGAAACAAUCAGAAGUCCCAUUGAAUAUUUCAGAGACUUUUUUGAUGCUGAACUUUUGGAUGUUAUUGUAGAGUAUAGCAAUCUGUAUUGCAACCACCAAAAUCCAUUCUAUGACCUGAAAUUUGAUAGGAACGAAUUGGAGCAGUUCAUUGGAACUCUUGUGUACAUGAGUAUUUUGCGCUUACCAAGAUCUCGAAUGUACUGGUCCAAUAUGUGUCGUGUACAGCAGGUGGCUGAUGUGAUGACCCGAGAAAGGUGGAACGAAUUAAAAAAUUUUCUUCAUUUCAGUGACAACUCAGCACCCAACAACAGUGACAGGCUCUUCAAAAUCAGGUCACUUAUUGAUUUCCUGCUCCCCAAGUUUCAAGCUUUGCCACAAGAUCAGAUGUUGUCUGUGGAUGAACAAAUAGUGCCAUUCAAAGGCAGAACAAGUCUUAAACAGUGCAUCUCCAAAAAGCUGUACAAAUGGGGAUACAAAAUCUUUGUGCUGCGUGACUCUAAAGGUCUGGUGCACUCAUUUGAUAUUUUUACAGGGAAAACUGAUCCUGCACCAGGAGAAGAAGACAUUGGGGAAAGCGGGAACAUUGUGCUGAAGCUUGCACAAGUUAUUGAUGGUUCUGUCAAUCACCUACUGUACUUUGACAAAUGGUUUUCCUCGGUAGAUUUGUUUGUUGCUCUUGCAAACAAGGGGAUACUCGCCCUUGGCGCUUUGCAGCCAAAUAGCUUGCAAGGAUGCAGUUUCAGUACAGACAUAGAGAUGAAGGAGGGGGGAAGAGGGACAUUUGAAGAGCAGCAGACUGUAGUCGACGAAGUGGAAAUCAGAGCAGUUAAAUGGUUCGACAAAAGAUCGGUGAUGGUUGCCAGUACUUUUGCCAGUGCCCAGCCUGUUAUCAAAACAGAGAAAUGGGAUAGAAAGCUGAAAAAUACAGUGUGCGUGGAAUGUCCAAGUAUCGUCGCUUUGUACAAUCAGUUCAUGGGCGGCAUUGAUGGUCUCGAUGCACUCAUUGCCUACUAUCGCAUCCACAUAAGGACAAGGAAGUACUAUCAUAGGUUCUUUUUUCACUUUGUGGAUAUGGUCAUUGCCAAUAGCUGGUUGUUGUAUCGACGUGAUUGUGAGUCGAUGGAGUUUUUGCAGAAGAAGCAGAUGGACUUUGUUACUUUUAGAACAUCUAUUGCACAUGCCCUCUGCAUGCAAGGCAAAGAUCUGUCAAAGAAGAGGGGGCUGCCUUCAUCUGAUGUGGAAAGAGAGUAUCAAAAGAAGAAACGUCGAGGACCAGCUAAGGCUAUUCCCACACCGGAAAUCCGUUCAGAUGCUGUGGGUCACUGGCCAGUGGUUGACAAUGGGCGGCAACGCUGCAAAUUCCCAAUCUGCAAUAAGCAUACAGUGUUCAAAUGUGUAAAAUGUGACGUCCACCUUUGCCUCAACAAACACAACAACUGCUUCCGUGCAUUCCACGAGUGAGUCUUUUGUGCAAAACAAAAUCUAGCCAAAUAUAACAAUGUAGGAGAAGUAUUGCUCAUCUGUUGUGUUUCUGUAAAUUUUAGGAUUUAUUAGUUAAAAAUGAAAAACUUGAGCUCUGUUUGACAUUGUGUGUAUGAGAGAUAGAUUUCCUUGCUACUUUUUCAUGUACCUGUACAUAAUUUCCUCUGGGUUUAAUAAAGUAUUUUUGUUCUGGA